AUGGUGUCUGCCGCUGGAGGUAUCGUCAUCGCCAUCCUGGUCCUCGCCAUUGUUGGCGGUGCCGGCUGGGUCAUCUUCACCCAACUGCGCGCCCGGAGACUAGGUCUUCCACCCCCAUCCCUCUCUUCCUACAUACCUUUCCGAAAAUCCGAUCCGCCGCCGUCAUACGGACCCCCGCGCCCUGCGCCGAGCGGCAUCGCCGGCUGGAUCAACGACAAGAUCACCUCCUUCAAGAACCGCAACAACCGCUCUGCCGCCGGAGCCUACGAGCAGCCCUCGGGCGGUGCGGGUGCACCGCGCCGGGGCUUCGGACCGCUCGAUCCGGAUGAGGCGUGGGAUGCGAGCGUGGGCCAUGAGGCCGAGACCUACGGUCCUUAUGGAAACUACGAGGAGCAGGAGCUGGGGUACCGCGGCGGCGGCCACAACGACAACAGCUACAGCAUGAACCUUGCCUCGACUCCCAACCCCCACGAUGAGCCGGCGCGGGGCCGCAGCCUCAGCCGGGAUGACGACGGCGGUCUAGGUGUCCACAAGGCUGGCGGCAGGAAUCCGUUCGAGGACGACGCUGAGCCGAGCAACAUCAGCUUGCGCGGCGUCAGCCCCCGGCCGAUUGUCGAUACGGGUGCGCCGCAACAGCAGCAGCAACAACAGAAAAAGGACAGCGGCGAGAGCCCGACAGAACGGAGGUCGAUCUUCCGGGAGAACAAGCAGCGGAGGGAAGUUGAAGAUGAAGUUGAAGAGGGCAAAUUGUCUGUUUUCUUCAAGAGGGCAACGCGUAACGAGCAUCCGUACGGAAAGCGGGCCAGGAAAGUGGGAGGAACUGGGUCUCCUGGACAUGUCACGAUUGGGAAAUGGGCAAGAUAUGGUUGUCUUGUGACGACUUUACGAGACAUGACCGAUACUGAGAAAUCCCUCAUAUAUGGUAAGGUCAGCCCCCCGGCCGCAUACUCCGUCGACGAAGCGCCAUUGUCCCCCGCUGCGGUACAUCCGCUCCUCGCUUACCGGCGCAGUGUCCCGCCGAGAAAGCCCGGUCGGUGGGAGACCGCCUUCCGAGCUCUAUGGGAGCCGGAGUGGGUCGGGAAUAUCGGUGACCACUCAGCUCAGAGGGUGAGAUCCGCCCGCUCUCCCCACAGUGAACCGUUGGAACUUGGACCAACUUUUUGUGACCUCAUUCCUUUCCUUCCCCUCCAAACCACCCCGCCAUUCAUUCCGAUUUCCCCCCUCCUCCCAUCUUCUGCCCCUCCAAAAAAGAGAUCUCCCCAGUUGGAGUUUGCUAAAACAUUGAUCGACAACCUCCGUCUUAACACGAUGGCGGACCUCAACCUCCAAGAAAUCCACGACACCCUCCUCGAGAUCGCGACCGAGGCGGGCAAGAUGAUCAUGUCCGCGAACCCGGCCUCAAUCGACCAGGACACCAAACUCAACUCCGUCGACAUCGUGACCGAAACAGACCAAGCCGUCGAGAAAAUGGUCUCCACCCGCCUCUCCCAACGCUACCCCACCAUCGCCUUCAUGGGCGAAGAAACCUACACAAAAGGAACCCGCCUCGGCCCCGAACCGACCUUCGUCGUCGACCCCAUCGACGGCACCACAAACUUUGUCCACUCUUUUCCCGACGCCUGCAUCUCGUUAGGUCUAGCCGUGGACCACGUCCCCGUCGUCGGCGUAAUCUACAACCCCUUCCAGGAUCUUCUCUUUACAGGCAUCAAGGGUAAGGGGAGCUACAUGCGCCGCGCCGGUGGUCCGGCACAGAAACUGCCCCUCGCCAAGAACCCUAUCCCCCUGAAAGGCCUGGACUCGGCGCUGCUGGCGUGCGAGUGGGGGUCUACCCGCGACGGACCCAACUUCGACCUGAAAGCCGAGACGUUCAAGAAGUUGGCGGCGACGAAGGAGACGGGCGGCGCGAUGGUGCAUAGCAUGCGCGCCCUCGGCUCCGCGGCGCUGAACCUUGCUGCCGUGGCGGCGGGACAGCUGGACGCGUAUUGGGAGGGCGGGUGCUGGGCGUGGGACGUGUGUGCGGGUUGGUGUAUCCUGACCGAGGCGGGAGGCAUCAUGGCGGGCGGGAAUCCGGGGGUGUGGGAGCCUGCUGUUGACGAGAGGGUGUAUCUUGCCGUGAGGGGGGCUCCGGGCGGGCAGAAGGAGCUUGUGGAGGAGUUUUGGGGGGUGAUGGGGGAUAAGAAGUUGGAUUACUCUGUCUGA